AGUGGAUUUUGGGGUGUUUUGGGUGGAUUUUGGGGUGUUUUGGGUGGAUUUUGGGGCCCCGGGGUCUCCAUCCCCCCCUGUCCCCGCAGGCGCUGGCGGCUCCGGGCGGAGAAACGGCAACGAGACCCCGGGGGGCGCGGUGGCGCGUUCUACAUCGACCCCCUGACCUACGAGGAGCCCGAGGUGGCGCUGAGGGACCUGGCCCAGGAGAUCGACGUCACCUGUGUCACCAUCUGCGAGGUCAUCGGGGCAGGCGAGUUCGGCGAGGUGUGGCGCGGGCGGCUGGCGCUGCCGGGCCAGCCCGAGGCCGAGGUGGCCGUCAAGACGCUCAAGGGCGGCGCGGGCGAGCGGCAGCGGCGCGAGUUCCUGCGCGAGGCCGCGCGCAUGGCGCAGUUCCUGCACCCCAACGUGCUGCGGCUGCGCGGCGUCGUCAGCGCCGGCUCGCCCGCCAUGAUCGUCACCGAGUUCCUGGAGCACGGCGCGCUCGACGCCUUCCUCAGGGGCCGCGAGGGGACGCUGUCCCCGCUGCAGCUGGUGGCCAUGCUGCGCGGCAUCGCCGCCGGCAUGCGCUACCUGGCCGAGGCCGGCUUCGUGCACCGCGACCUGGCCGCGCGCAACAUCCUGGUGGACGCGCACCUCGUCUGCAAGGUGUCCGACUUCGGGCUGUCGCGGGCGCUGGACGGGGACAGGGACAACGACCCCACCUACACCAGCUCCCUGGGCGGGAAGAUCCCGAUCCGCUGGACGGCGCCCGAGGCCAUCGCCUUCCGCACCUUCACCUCGGCCAGCGACGCCUGGAGCUACGGCAUCGUCAUGUGGGAGGUGCUGAGCUUCGGCGAGCGGCCCUACUGGGACAUGUCCAACCAGGACGUGAUCGACGCGAUCGAGCAGGAGUACCGGCUGCCGGCGCCGCCGCGCUGCCCGGCGCCGCUGCACGCGCUGAUGCUGCAGUGCUGGCAGCGCGAGCGCAGCGCCCGGCCCAGCUUCCCGCAGCUGCUGCGCGCCCUCGGGGCACUGGGGGACCUGCUGCACAUGGGGGUGACGCUGCCCGGGCGGCAGAGCCCCCCCAAAGGGGACCCCCGGUGCUGA